AUGCCAAUGAGAUCGCCUUUUGACUUAAAAGGUGCGUCUCAGCAGUCCCCGCAAGAACAACAACAAGAACAAGAACAACAAUCUCAUCCUGAAUAUCGACAAGUUCUUGCCGGACACUUGAUUUCUAGACCACCAUCUCCAAAACAACUUGCUCCUCCAUCAAUCUAUGAAGGAAGUAUUCCAAUUUCUGCUACAUCUUCUCAGUCUUCUCUUGGAACUACAUCCCAUCCGCCUUCCAUUGCCUCUUCUUCAAAGCGUAAACACAGACCAUUUUCAAAAUUGCUCCGAAAACAUACAAAUGAAGAUGAAGAUGAAGAACCAGAACAUACUAUAAAACCAAAACAACGAAUGUCAGUCCGUGGAGGAGGUGGUGCUGCCAUUACCCAAGUCCAAUUUCUUCAACAAAUUCCUAUCCAACAAGACCUUUCUUCCACAUUAACUUCUGUCAGCACAAACGCCUCACUCCCAACCGCCCCGUCUAACUCAUCCUCUUCACUUUUUUCCGCCUCAUACCUUGAAGAUGACUCUCGUUCUACUGCUUUCCCAAGGAAAACUUCCCUCGGUGUGGCUGGUGCCACUCCAUCUUCUUGGGUGGGCCCCAAUGUCACAGGUACCACCUACACAACAAGUUCUUCCUCCUCUUCCUCCUCUUCCUCCUCCUCUCCACCGGUUCCGACUACUUUACUGGGCGUCACUGAAGGCAGUGGUGGCAGCACAACAACAACAACAAACUUUUAUGGAAGCGGCAAUGGCAGCACAUACACAGCCGGCGGCAACCCAAAUACAAAUUUUAACACUACCACCACCACCACCACCACUACAAACAAUCAAUCUACCUCAUCCAUAAACUCAUCUGCACCCUUCCCAAGCAUGCCUUUAAGGAAAUCCACUACAAACUUUUCAUCAGGUAAUCACAGACCAUCCAAUGUUUUACCAGCUUUGGAUACACAAUCACCACCACCACAUAAAACAAUCCAUUUUGCUUUAAACCCUACAGAAUAUCAACAACCUUCACCCGCCUCUCCUCCACCUCUAUCCCCAAAUACUUGCACCCCAAGUGCCUUUUUGACUAUUAAAGACAUUGAAGACGUUUCUCCUCUCUCUUCCUUUUCUGGCCCUUCUAAAAAAGCACAUUCCGACAGCGUCAGUAGCACAAAAACUGUAACUGGCGAAAUGGAUUCUCAGGACCCGGGCCCGACCCUUGACAGAAGCACUUCCCAUGCAUCUAGUGUUCGUCAAAAUAGCGACCCCAUUUCUCCUCUUGUGGUUCCUGAUCCGGACCCCCCAUCACAACUCCCCCAGCAAACUCGCUCAAGAAGCAGCAGUAGGCCAAUUACACCAGUGGUUUUCCCUGACCCUCAGCAAGUCUUUGACGCCAGGGAUGCAGAUGGCCCUGCCAUUAACCCACUUCCUCGCCAUAGCAGCGACAUUGGCCUUUCAACUCCAUUGCACUUUCCUCCCCCAUCUUCUACUACUUCUCUCCAGCCCCCUAAACGCAAAUCCAAAAAACCUUCCUUUCUUGGCCGUCUUAUAUACCGUAGGGAAUCUUCUGAGGAUUCAAGUGAUAAUAGUGCGCCAUCAUCUUCGGCUUCUAGCAUUAGACAUAAGCGUUCCGAAUCUACACUCUCUAUCCCGAACGCCCCCCAUAAUAUUCUUCACCGGCAAUCUUAUGCAAUUUUAAAUACCGGCCGCCAGGCUUUACAUCAUGUUCAUGGAGCAAUCAAUAAUGGUGUCGCUACUGUUACUAACGACGUGACUUCUCUUGGUUCUCAUACACACACUUCUUCCUCCUCGUCGCGACCUUCAUCAUUGCAUUCGGAAUCGGCUCCAUCUUCUCCAAUCCCUUCAACAACUGCUGCUCCACCAUUAGUGUCUUCUUCAUCUUCUUCAACAGCAACUACACAAUCACACGCCUCCAAAAUGCAAUCCAUCUACUCCAACCCAAACUUUUAUCCCCUCGACACUGACCUUGAGCACAUGGGCGGCAUUGUCAAUCCCAAACCUCCAUCCAAUGGCCGUACAGCAACCUUUUCACCCACAGAAGAAACUUUUACAACAUCAACAACAAAGAAAAAACACUCUUCCGCCGCAGUUUCCCCAACCUCAACCCCAAUGCGUCGGAGCGCCACCUCCGAGCUCACGCCUACCACUACCAUGGCCCCACAAAUCCCGCAGGCCUCUAGCAAUCCUACCACUGCUACUCCUACGGCUGACCCGGCUGCUAACUGGACCGCCCCAGAAUCUUGGAAUAUUGUCCCUAGCUUUGCUCCAAGCAAAGUUAGCCCGUUCCCAGCCCGCAAUCCUAAUGAAAAACACUGCGUCCGCAUUUUCCGCGAAGAUGACACUUUUGGUACGCUAUUUUGCCGUGUCGAUGUCACUGUCAAGGAACUCAUCCAGCUUAUUGGCAAAAAGUUUUAUAUGGGCUCGGUUGCUGGUCAUCAGCUGACGGUCCGCAUCGGUGGUCUCACCCGCAUUUUAAACCCUGAAGAAACACCCCUUGUUUACCAAAGCUCUUUGCUAGAGCUCAUGGGUUACACGGAAAAAGAUCGCAUUGGCGAAGUUGGUCGUGAGGACCUGUCAUACCUCUGUCGAUUUAAAAUUUCGCGUUCCAAGAUUCGCACUGUUACUGAAAAUGAAAAGGCUAUUCUCUCGCGCGACUUUAGCCACGUUCAGUUACAACACAUGGACCUCCAAACUAUUCCAGUAUUUUUUUAUCCACAUGCAUCUAAAAUUGAGUUUCUCGACGUUUCUGAAAAUCCUUCUAUUUCAAUUCCCUCAGAUUUUAUACAGGCUUGCAAUAACUUGAGAGAAAUUCGUUAUGUCCACAAUCAGUCUUACACCUUCCCACCAAAUAUUAUUCUCCCUCCACAAUUGGGGUUUUUGGACAUUAAAGACAAUUUAAUUAAAAGCCUUGAAGAUGUUGAUUUUCAUAGACUUUCCAAUCUUACUUUUAUUGACCUCCAGGGUAAUCUCCUCGAAAGCAUUCCGGACUCGUUUUCUCUGCUCAAAUCUUUACGGUAUCUCAAUCUUUCUUCAAACAAUAUUGAAGACUUUCCAGACGCUAUUUGCAAAAUUGUUUCACUCGUCGACUUUGACAUUUCUUUUAACAAGAUUGCCGACCUGCCAGAUGAAAUUGGCCAACUUGUUAAUCUUGAAAAGCUUGCCAUUUCUAAUUCAUACUUGUCAAAACGACUCCCCGUUACAUUUGUCAACUUGGUGUCUCUUAAAGAGUUGGAUUUACGUUACAAUAAACUCCAAAACAUUGACCUCUUGUCGCGCCUCCCCAAGCUUGAAGUUUUAUAUGUGUCGAAAAAUUCCAUCACCUCGUUUGACGCUGAAUUCCCCAGACUAAAACUCUUUUACUUUGACCGUAAUCCUAUCACCAAUAUUGAUUUCCGCGGCGCUCAUUCCACUCUCACUGCAAUUAACCUUUCAAAGGCCCAAAUGGCAGGUGUACCUGAUGCUCUCAUUGAUCGCAUUCCUUUGGUCGAGCGGUUAGUUCUUGAUAAAAACCACAUUACCACACUUCCUCCUAAAAUUGGUACACUCAAGAAUCUCAAAUACCUAAGUGUAGUGGCCAACUCUCUUGACUCUGUUCCCGAGGAAAUUGGUCAGCUCCAUAAUUUGGUUCACUUGGAUCUUCACAGCAACAAUAUCUUGCAUUUACCAUCAGAAAUUUGGAACCUGGGCUCACUUGUUUUACUCAAUGUGGCUUCUAACUUGCUAGACAGUUUCCCUAAAAAUCCUACCUCCCAUUCGAGUAUCUCCAGCUCGGAUUCUGAGCGCAAAGAAGUUAGCGCUAUGGUUAAUGAUAUCCUAGCAGCAAACAGUACGAUGCCUGCUACUCCAGAAGCCCGCCGGCCUUCCACACUUUCUAUUUCUUCGUCCUAUGACGAGUACAAACCCCCGGCAGCUAUUAAGCCCGUCAACUCAGGUGCAGGUGCAUGUGCUGCUACUGCUACUGCUGCCACGCCAAUUAUUAGAUCUCCAAAGACAUCCACGUCUACAAGUGAGUCCAAUGUUUACUCCUUGGGUAACCGCCGUCAACCUUCACCAAUGGCUCAGAGUUUGUUGACACUUAUUCUUUGUGAUAACCGACUCACGGAGGAUUGUUUUGACGAACUUUCUUUGCUUACAGAGCUUCAAAUCCUCAAUCUUUCUUACAAUGAUAUCAGUGAAGUGCCUUAUGGAGCUUUACGUCGAUUUUCUCACAUUGUCGAGCUUUAUCUUUCCGGCAAUAAAAUUUCGUCUCUUCCUGGUGACGACAUGGAAGCAUUGCAAGGACUUCAGGUUUUCCACGUCAAUAGCAACAAGCUUCAUAAUCUCCCAGCCGAGCUGGGCAAGAUUGCGCAUUUAAAUAUUUUGGAUGUUGGCUCCAACAUUUUAAAGUACAAUAUUCACAAUUGGCCCUAUGACUGGAACUGGCGUUUUAACCACGAUCUCAAGUAUCUCAACUUUUCAGGUAACAGACGACUUGAAGUCAACAGUCCUAACAUUCCCAACUCUUCUUACCGCCGAGAAGUUGACAUGAGUGACUUUACAGUCUUGUCAAAUAUCCGAGUGCUCGGUCUCAUGGAUGUUACCUUGACUGCACUCUCUGUCCCUGACCAAUCUGCAAAUUGCCGUGUGCGUACUUAUGGUUCGGAGAUUCACUCGUAUCCAUAUGGUCUUGCAGACUCUCUUGGUCAUAGCAAUAACUUGUCAGUUACAGACAUGGUUCUAGAGCGAUUCCGCGGCAAAGAAAACGAGAUUGUGAUAGGCUUAUUUGAUGGCCGCGGCACUGAAAUUCAAUCUGGCAAUAAAGUGUCGAAGCUUGUGCAGGAGACUUUUGGCAGCAUUCUCCAAGAUGAACUCAAAAAGUUGCGCAAAGAAGAGCAGGUAGAAGAUGCUCUGCGCCGUGCCUUUUUGAAUACAAAUAAGGAAAUUGGAAAUACUAUUCUCAUGCCGACUGAGGAGGUUGCACACACACCUAUUGGUCACCGCUCAUCUACAGCCAUUAAUCUUGAGUACCGAGACGGCAUGACAGGUUCAUGCGCUACUAUCGUUUAUGUUGCCGACAAUAAGCUUUAUAUUGCCAAUGCCGGUGACUCAAUGGCCAUUAUGGUGCACGUUGCUAAUGAGUUUAGCGUGCUGACUACUCGUCACGACCCUACGUCGCAAAAGGAGCUCCAGCGGAUUCGUCGGUCUGGUGGUAUUAUUUCGUCUACUGGCCAGUUGGACGAUUUGCUCGACGUUUCUCGUGCAAUUGGUUUUUACAAUUUGAUUCCUCAUAUCUACGCCAGCCCCUCUAUUACGGUGUGGGAAAUUUCUGAUGCCGAUGAGAUGAUUAUUUUGGCAUCGAAGCAGCUUUGGGAAUAUGUGUCAUACCAAACAGCGGUGGACGUUGCACGCACAGAAAAGGGUGACUUGAUGCGUGCUGCUGCCAAGCUGCGCGACUUUGCCAUUGCAUAUGGUGCAUCGGAUAAGAUUCUUGUUAUGGUGAUUGGAGUUGGAUUAUCGCGCAAGCGGACUCGCACCAACAAGAUAGGAGCACCUGUUUAUGGGACUAGUGGUGGCGACGUUACCGUUGAGAACUAUGACGGGACGUUUUCACGGAUGGGUGACGAGUACUCAUCUCAUAAGAAGCGCCGUGAUAAGGGCAAAGACUCUGAACUUGCACGGUUGGGUGGCGAAGUUGAGCCGCCACAGGGUGAGCUUGCGAUUGUGUUUACAGAUAUCAAAAACUCGACAAGUUUAUGGGAGUCGCAUGCUCCUGCGAUGCGAUCGGCCAUCAAGUUACACAAUAGUAUUAUGCGUCGGCAGAUGCGUAUUACAGGCGGCUAUGAGGUCAAGACUGAAGGCGAUGCAUUUGUUGUGUCGUUCCCGACCCCUACUUCUGCACUGCUUUGGUGUUUCAAUGUGCAGCAGAUGCUGCUGUCUGCAGAAUGGCCAGCGGAGAUUUUGGAGACGGAAGAUGGAUGCGAGAUUUUGGACGAUAAGGGCCAGCCCAUGUACCGAGGGUUGUCUGUGCGCAUGGGUAUUCAUUGGGGCUCGCCUGUGUGUGAGAAGGAUCCUAUUACACGGCGUAUGGAUUACUUUGGACCCAUGGUCAAUAAGGCAGCGCGUAUUAGUGCGGUUGCAGAUGGUGGUCAGAUUUCGCUUUCGUCCGAUUUUGUGUCUGAAAUGAAACAAGUUGGUGCAGCAUUAGAAGCAGUAAAGGAAAACAAAAUGACACUAUCGGAAGCAUUUGGCGGAGAUGAAGUGCUUGGGUGGAAGUUGGAGCAGGAUAUGAAGGCCUUGGAUAGUAUUGGGUGGGAGAUUAAGGAGCUAGGCGAGUAUAAGCUCAAGGGUCUGGAAAAUCCCGAAUUUAUCAACUUGGGAUACCCAACGCCGUUGUUGGGCCGCUUUGAGCACCACUUGCUAUCGAAAAAGAAGCGUAGUGAGGUUCGCUCGUCACGGUACGGGUCCCUAUCGCUUGAGCAGCUGCCGAAUCUGCGGUUGUGUGCUGUUCGCCUGGAACGCAUUUGUUCUAGUUUGAAUCCGUGCACGACGAUUUCCAGUGACGGUACGAUGCCUCCUUUACGUGCCUCUGCUAGUAAAGAGCCAGGUCCGACGAACCGGACAACCAACCAGUUGGGGAUCAUGCUCCCUAACAAUGAGUAUGAGUACGGUGCGUUUUUGGACAAUAUUGUAACGCGGGUUGAAAAUGCAGUAACCACGUUGUAUUUGCGUACAGCCAUGGACGAGUUCAAGUGUGGGGCGGGUACAGCGGAACUGAGUGAGUUGCUGCACCAAGCGUUGGGAAUUAUUUCUCAGGCUACUCGUGCUGGCACUGUCUUGUCAUCUACAGCUUCUUCACGGCAGCCAGAAAAGCUGUUGCCACUGUCCGAUAAUCAGCAGUCUCCAUAUCAGCAACAACAACAUCAAUCGACCAUGACGCCUAGUUUAUCUGAGUCUUCAUUUGUAACAGCUCCAGAGUAA